AUGUCAUUACAAGAUCUUAUUCCAGUUGUCAAUAAGUUGCAAGAUAUUGUAACUACCACACAAUUAGCAGACCUAGAUUUGCCAAUAUUGGCAGUUGUUGGAUCGCAAUCAUGUGGAAAGUCUUCGGUAUUAGAGAACAUUGUGGGUAAAGAUUUUUUGCCUAGGGGAACUGGUAUUGUCACCAGAAGGCCGUUAGUGUUGCAGUUGAUCAAUAUUAAGCCAGAUGAUCCACUCAUUUAUGAAAAAGGGAGGACGAAUGGUAGUGGCGGGCGUAGCUCAGGUGCAGAAGACGGAGAUAUGAACUUGGAAGACCAUUUGAAAAAGCAUUCAAACGGGGGCAAGGAGCCGGCUUCAGAAUGGGGAGAGUUUUUGCAUCUCCCUAAAAAGAGAUUCUACAACUUCCAUGACAUUAGAGACGAAAUAGCAAACGAGACCAGCAGGAUUGCGGGAGAGAACAAAGGCAUAAGUAGGUUGCCUAUCAACUUGAAAAUCUAUUCGACCAAGGUUUUGAAUUUGACGUUGGUAGAUUUGCCUGGCUUGACCAAGAUUCCUAUUGGUGACCAACCCACCGAUAUUGAGAGGCAAACGAGAAAUUUGAUCUUAGAGUACAUCUCCAAGCCAAAUAGUAUCAUUUUAGCGGUUUCUCCGGCCAAUGUGGAUUUAGUUAAUUCUGAAUCGUUGAAGUUAGCCAGACAAGUCGAUCCAAAGGGUAAAAGAACUGUGGGGAUUUUGUCAAAGUUAGAUUUGAUGGACCACGGCACUAAUGCAUUAGAUAUUUUGAAAGGUAACGUAUAUCCUUUGAAAUUAGGAUUUGUUGGUAUUGUCAAUAGAUCUCAACAAGAUAUUUCUGAGAACAAACAUUUGGAUGAUUCGUUAUAUGCUGAGCAACAAUUUUUCCAAAAUCACCCGGCUUAUAAACUGAUUUCGAAUAAGUGUGGUACGCGUUACUUGACCCAAACUUUAAACAAGAUUUUGAUGAAUCAUAUUAGAGAUAGAUUGCCAGAUAUUAAGGCUAAAUUAAACACUUUGAUGGGGCAAACUGAACAAGAAUUACUGAACUACGGUGACUUACCAUCCAACUUGAAUGAUUCUAAAGAAGUUAGAGGUGCUUUUGUGUUGAAUUUAAUGACCAAAUUUGCUAACAGUUUUGUUAAUUCGAUUGAAGGUACUUCUAUGAAUGAUAUUGCUACAAAAGAAUUAUGUGGUGGUGCUAGAAUUUAUUACAUUUACAAUGAAGUAUUUGGAGCGCAAUUGGCUUCGAUUAACCCUACCCAGAACUUGUCUAUCCAUGACAUUAGAACUGCUAUUAGAAACUCUACUGGUCCUAGACCAUCAUUAUUUGUUCCGGAAUUGGCAUUCGACUUGUUAGUAAAGCCACAAAUUAGAUUAUUAGAAGCUCCAGCGCAUAGAUGUGUUGAAUUGGUUUAUGAAGAGUUGAUGAAAAUUGUCCAUAGUGUCUGUUCUUCUGGAUUUGGUGUUGAAUUAAACAGAUAUCCAAAGUUACAAAGUAAAUUAAUUGAAGUAGUAUCCGAUUUAUUGAGAGAAAGAUUAGGACCAACGAUAAAGUACGUUGAAUCCUUAAUUGAAAUCCAUACUGCUUAUAUUAAUACCAAUCAUCCAAACUUUGUUGGUGCUGCGAAGGCUAUGAGUAUGGUUGCUGAAGAACGCCAAAAACAAAAGGAAUUAGAGCUGAACUCAAAGUUAAGAUUAGCAAGUGAAAGAAUCUUAAGCGGUAAGAGCUAUGAGAGCAUUGAAGAAUUAGAAGAAAGUACCGACGGUUCUAAUGAAGAAAGAGAAGAAAUCGAUAUUAAUCAGGUGGAUGACGAUAUCAAACCUGCCAAGCACAAGAGAGUUGAAUCAAAUAAGACUAAUAUCUCAUAUAAAUCUGAAUCUGCACCAAAUUUAUCAAGUUCGUCGUCACAACCACUUCAAGAUUCUUACUUGAACUACUUCUUUGGUAAGGAUCCAAUCACUCAGCAACAGCAUUUGCAAACACAAGCGCAAUUGCAUCCUACACCAUUUAAAUUUCCUCAACAUCAAGAUAGCACAUUACAAUUUAACAACAACUUUCUUCAAAAUGGCCACAUGAAUGGCAUUCACCAAAAUGGUUUCAGUACAAAUUCAAAUACCAGUUCCACUCCUAAGUCGGAACCAGUAUUACAGGAUUCCCAAUCUACAAUUGAUUUGAACACAUUGAAUUUAAACGAGAAGCAAUUUGAAAGUGAAGAUUCACUCAGCGAGUUAAACGAAAGAGAGCAAUUAGAAUGUGAAUUAAUUAGAAGAUUGAUCAUCUCCUACUUUAGUAUUAUAAGGGAAAUGAUUCAAGAUCAAGUUCCGAAGCUGAUUAUGUGCUUGUUAGUUAACUACAUCAAGCAGAAUAUCCAAAACAGAUUGGUUAUCAAGUUGUACAACGAAAACUUGUUCGACGAAUUACUCCAAGAAGAUGAAACCAUUCAAUCGGAAAGAGAAAAGUGUAUUGAUCUUUUGAAAACCUACCGUGAAGCCUCUAAAAUCAUUAGCGAUGUUGUUUAG